AUUCUGAGCAUAACCACGAUGAGCAGGCAGUGAGAGUGGCCUGACCUAAAUGGCAGCAACAGAAGGAAAAUGGUAAACAGAUCGGGUUGGAUUUUUCUAACAGUUGAAAACCAUCUUGUAUGUUGACAGCUCAUAAUAAGAAAUGGGGUGAUUUUUUAAAAAGAGGGCAGUGUUCAAUUUUAUAAAUCCAAGAAAUGCAGAUGAGAUGAGAUAGCCUUUUUUUCCCUUUUAACUUGGAACUUACAAGAUGUUUGAUUUUUAACAAACUCUUUGAUCCGUGUGAAAAUCAUCCCUGGCAAGGAUACGAGGGUCCAUGCGAGCUGUCAUGUUUUUACCAUGUCUGCACUCCUUUGGCUUGUUACUCCAGCGUUCAAGAAUCUAGCUUCAGGAAAAAUCUGUAAUGUGGAAAAGUCAGCAAGCAUGAAGAGAUUCCUUAUUGCAUCAUCUGUAGUAGCAAAAAUGUGGAAAAACCCCAAUGUCCAAAAUAGGGGAUCCCUAAUGUUAGUGGGUUAUUCACUCAGAAUGUGUGGCCAGAAACGACGUGGUGGGAGGGUAGGGCUGAUACAGAAGGAAAGCCACCAAGAGGAGGGGAACGGAGCAGAGGGCACAGCACAGAGUCCCUGUGUGCGAGCAGAGGAGUGGGGCCAGUGCCAGCCCUGGGAAGUUCCUGGAAGGUACGCAGGAGAGGGAACAGCGCUGGGUGCAAGAGGAGACGAGAAACUCAGAUUUGUCCUUUAUUGUCGGUAGCAAUUGAGUGUAUUUUUUCUUUUAACCUUGUGUGUGUUGUUCUGAUAAAGCAAAAUUUUAAAAGAUGGUUGUGAGGCUGUUGUCACAUAAAAGCGCUUUAUGUCCAGCAGAAAACUACACAUGAGGGGCGGUCAUAGCCACGUGACCAGCGUAAGGAUAAGGAAGCAAGGGAAGGAAGUACUGACCAGAGGUGUUGAAAUGCUGGGAUUGUUUCAGAAAAAAAUUUCUGUAUGUGAAUUAGGCAGAAAUAAUUUUAACAAAGUAAGUAUAUGCUUAAAAAUAUCUGGAAAGGCCUGACUCUUUGUUACAGAUGGAUUUGCCCUGUGGGGCCAUCCUGCGGGCAACCCCAGGUCCUCCUGUCUGUCUGAGCACCCCCCACCUCCGACUCAGGGCCGCUCUGUUCUCUCCCCGUGUGCAGGGCCCACCUACCUUUGGGUUCCUGUUGGACAUCGAUGGGGUGCUGGUUCGGGGCCACAGCAUCAUCCCUGCUGCGCGGGAGGCGUUCCGCAGGCUGGUGAGCCCCCAGGGGCAGCUGCGGGUGCCCGUGGUCUUUGUCACCAACGCGGGGAACAUGCUGCAGCACAGCCGAGCCCAGGAGCUGUCGGCGCUGCUGGGCUUCCAGGUGGAGCCCGACCAGGUCAUCCUGGCCCACAGCCCCAUGAAGCUCUUCUCACAGCACCAUGAGAGACGGCUGCUGGUGUCCGGACAGGGGCCCCUGGUGGAAAAUGCCCGAGGUGGUGGGCCUCGCUGGGUUCUGACUGGGGAUGGGGUGCGGGCCGCUUUCCCUGUGCUGGACGUGGUGGACCUCGCGCGGCGGCCGAAGACUACGCCCCUUCCAAGGAACGACUUCCCUGCCAUUGAAGGGGUGCUCCUCCUUGGGGAGCCGGUGCGCUGGGAGACGAGCCUGCAGCUGAUCAUGGAUGUGCUUCUCAGUGACGGGAACCCUGGCACCGGUCUGGCCUCGGCCCCGUAUCCCCACCUCCCUGUCCUGGCCAGCAACGUGGACCUCCUCUGGAUGGCUGAAGCCAAGAUGCCCAGGUUUGGCCAUGGCACCUUCCUGCUGUGUCUGGAAGCCAUUUACCGGAAGGUGACGGGCAGAGAGCUGAGGUACGAGGGCCUGACGGGCAAGCCCAGCAUCCUCACCUACCGGUACGCGGAGGACCUGCUCCGGCGGCAGGCGGCGCGGCGGGGCUGGGCGGCCCCCAUCCGGAACCUCUACGCCGUGGGCGACAACCCCAUGUCUGACGUCUAUGGGGCCAACCUGUUCCACCGGUACCUGCAGAGGGGGAGGGAGGGGGCGGAGGAGGGCAAGCCACGGCCCUUGGCAGCCCAGAGCUGCGUCUCCAUCCUGGUGUGCACCGGUGUGUACCGACCCCCGGGUCCGGGGUCCCCGGGGCCUGCCCAGGGCGGGGAGGAGCCUCCGUUCCACGGGCACCGGGACUUCAGCCUCAGCCCAGGGCUCAUGGAGGCCUCGCAUGUUGUGAGGGACGUGCACGAGGCCGUGCGGCUGGUGUUCCAGAAGGAGGGCUGGGCCCUGGAGUGAGCUGUGUGCUGGGCCGGGGCAGGCCACACUGGCUGCUGCUGGCCCGGGUCACGGGGAUCGAGGCAGGCCUGCCGCCUGUGGACGCGGUCACACUGCCGCCUGGAAGAGGACACUGGCUCUCUCUCCCAUUGGGCAGGGGCCCCAGGAUGGAACCCUGGUAGCGCUUUGGAGAGAAGCACCAGGGCUUUCUGGGCCCAGUUCCUGCCCCUCUACCUCUGAGCCUCAGUCCCCUCACUUGGAGGAUUCGGGAAAACGGGGCGCCGCGUGGCCUCUGCCUGCUGCUGGCUCCAUGUGUAGCUAACACUCGGAUACGGCUUUUUAUGGUGUUUCAGCUUAUUGCCCAGAGAUUUCAGCCUUAUUUUUUCAAGUCAAAAUGAUCAUAAUAAAUAUUCAUUUUCUGUUUCUUGUGAA